AUGGGUGGUGAGAUUGAGAUUCCAAUUUUGGAUUUUAAUAGUAGCGAUGGAGUGAAGUUAGAAGAAGGUGACGGGUGGAAAGAAAUGAGCAAGAAAGUGAGAGAAGCAUUUGAGAGUCAUGGUUGCUUUCUCAUUAGGUGUGAUGAUAUCUCUAAUGAUUUACAUGAUAAAUUUUUCUUAGGCAUGAAAUCAUUGUUUGAUUUACCUGAAGAAACUAAGAAGAAGUUCACUAGCUCAAGGGCUUAUAGAGGAUACACUACAAAAAAUAAUGUCAUUCCCUAUUCUGAAUCCUUUGGAAUUGAUAAUGAUGUUAAUCCAGAUACAGCCCACCAAGACUUCAUUGAUCUCAUGUGGCCUCAAGGAAAUUCAUCUUUUGGUGCGGUCCUAAGUUCUUAUACCUCAAAAGUUCGUGAACUAAGUUCACUUAUUUUGAAGAUGGUUGUGGAAGCCUUCGAACUUCCACAACAUUACAACUUGGAUGUUGAAGAGUUGAAUUGCUACAAUGAUGCACGAAUGACUAGGUACUCAACUUCUAAAGAGACCAAGGGUUCUAAUAUUGGUUUGGUAGCUCACACCGACAAAGGAACUAUUUCCUUCAUAUGUGACAAUGGAGUCCAAGGUCUGCAAUUGCUACCCAAAAUAGGCAAUUGGGUUGACAUAAAUAUUCCCCCAAAUGGCUUUGUGGUAGUUGCUGGUGAUAUAUUACAGGCAUGGAGUAAUAGGAGACUUGAGGCAGCCACACACAGAGUGGUGGCAAGGGAUGAACAGAGAUUUGCAUUUGUAUUUUUUGCAGUGCCAAGGGAAGGUAUGAUCAUUACGGGGCCAUCUGAGCUUGUGGAUGAUGAAAAUCCUCUUCGAUACCGCCCGUUUGUGUAUGAUGAUUAUGUCAAUUAUCAACAUUCGACUGGAACACAAGAGUCUCCACUGGACAAAUUUGCUGGACUUUGA